GCCAGCAUAGAUCAAUAAUACAUAUACCUUUUUAUUACCAAAAACUUUACUCUCAUUAGCUCUGCAUCUCCUUGAAUUUCUCACACUUGAGAGUUCAGUCUUGGAGUCUAAUCGUUUCCGCAAACAAUCACAAGAAGAAGAAAGUAAGCAUGAGUGAAAUACCUUCUCACAUGAAAGCGUGGACGUAUUCAGAGUAUGGCCAAUCCUCUCAAGUUCUCAAGUUUAAUCAUAACGUGACUUUACCUGAGAUGAAGGAUGACCAGGUUCUCAUCAAAGUCGCUGCUGCUUCCCUUAACCCCAUUGAUUAUAAGAGAAUGGAAGGCCACUUCAAGAACACUGACUCCCCUUUACCUACUGCUCCAGGAUACGAUGUUGCUGGAGUGGUGGUUAAAGUGGGAAGUCAAGUGAAGAAAUUUAAGGUUGGGGAUGAAGUUUAUGGGGAUAUCAAUGUGAAAGCUUUGGAAUUUCCAAAGGUCAUUGGUUCUUUGGCAGAGUACACUACUUCAGAAGAGAGACUAUUGGCUCACAAGCCAAAGAAUCUGAGCUUUGCUGAGGCUGCUAGCCUUCCUCUAACAAUUGAGACUGCAUACGAAGGCCUUGAGCGAUCUGGGUUUUCUGCUGGAAAAUCUAUCCUUGUGCUUGGAGGUGCUGGUGGAGUUGGAACUCAUGUUAUUCAGCUUGCCAAGCAUGUUUAUGGAGCAUCCAAGGUAGCAGCCACAGCUAGCACUAAGAAACUUGAAUUGUUGAGGAGUUUGGGAGCUGACUUGGCUAUAGAUUAUACAAAGCAGAAUUUCGAGGACUUGCCUGAAAAGUAUGAUGUGGUGUAUGAUACAGUAGGGCAGACUGAACAGGCAUUCACGGCUUUGAAAGAAGGAGGCAAAGUUGUGACAAUAGUACCACCUGGAUUUCCACCGGCUAUUCUUUUCAUACUCACUACUGAUGGGGCUAUCUUAGAGAAACUAAACCCCUACUUGGAGAGUGGUAAGGUGAAGCCGGUACUGGACCCAAAGAGCCCGUUUCCAUUUUCUCAGACUGUUGAAGCAUUUUCCUAUCUGGAAACAAACAGAGCCACUGGGAAAGUAGUCAUAUAUCCCAUUCCAUGAACAUUGGCAUUUUGUAUUCAUAACAAUUUGCUGCUGUCUAUGAUUUGAGCGUAUGUUUUAAAGAGUGAGAUACAUUUGUAAAUGCUCUCCGUAGCCUAAACCUACCUUGUUUCUCUUGGAGAGAGUGUAGUGGAAUAAGUAUCUCUUACAAGCUUGAUUGCAAUUAUGGCUUUAACUUCGUGUGGUUUGUGUGCUUUGUAGUGUUGACUAAUGAAAUAAUCAUCUGGUUUAUAAAUUUUUGGCCUUUUUCUUUCGGUUUAU